AUGUCAGGACAAUCGACUGAGCAGAUGCUUCCUCCGCCCAGUGUAGACCAGCCUUUCAUGUAUGUAUCGGCGCUUGAAGGAGGGAAUCUUCGCGUUCCCUGUGAUUUGGUUGUGAAAGGGGGUCCACAGGGAGAGAACAUUUCAUGCCCAUCUCUCGCCUUCUCACUGCGACACUCCGAGACCAACUCAUGGGUUGUCUUCGACUUGGGUAUACGGCGCGACCUCGAAGGAUACACCCCUAUCUCCCAGGCGCGCAUCAAGGACAUGGGGUUCGCCCCUGUUGUGAACCAGACAGUCGCAGAGUCACUGGUCAAAGGAGGUGUUUCCCUUGAUCAGGUUGAAACUGUUAUCGUCAGCCACUUGCAUUGGGAUCAAGCUACAUUCGUUGUGGGAGAAGGGUGCAAGGAUCUCUUGGCUUCAGGAUACCCUACGAAUCCAGACUCCCUCUUCUCUUCGACUGCUCUUCCGCUUGAACGGACUAGGUUCAUUUCUCCGUCCGACUUCAGUGGGUUCAUUGGACCGUUCCCACUUGCAUUAGAUUAUUUCGGCGAUGGUAGCAUGUAUAUAAUCGACGCGCCAGGACACAUUGGAGGACACAUCAAUGUGCUUGCGCGUACCUCCUCAGACGGCGCAUGGAUUCUCCUUGGAGGAGAUUCUGCUCACGACUACAGACUGAUCACGGGCGAGAAAGAAGUUGCACAUAGUGUUGAUUCGUCAGGUCGCGUCUGGAAAAUGGCGGUAGAGAACAUCGCAAGGAUCCGGUCGUUAUUGGGGAUUCCGAGAGUGCAGGUACUGAUUGCUCAUGAUUCGAAGUGGUAUGCGGAGAACAAGGAGUCUGCCUUCUUGCCCGGAGUCAUACCACCAGUGGCUGCAUGA